AUGGGGAGGAUAUACGCAAACGAGACCGUUGGAGAACAAUGCUGGGCAAUAGGAGAACGUAUUGGCGCCAGCCACAUGGAAUUAUUUGCCUGCUCAGAGUGGCAAUUUGAUCAGUCAGUGAUGCGUCGAACUUUGUCGACAGACUUCACUCUGAUUUGCGGCCGUAAACACCUGAUCCAGUGGCUGGCGAGUAGCGUGUUUUUCUUUGUCGCUCUGGGACAAGUUAUCACUCUCUUUACGGAUAGAAUCAGUCGCAGGAAGCUGCUACUCUUCUACGUGGUUGUUGAGAUUAUAAUUUCCAGCGUAACCCAAUUCGGUACCUACUUUGAAGUUAUUUUUGUGCUGCGACUUUUGCGUAUGCUAACAUUGCCGCUAAACUAUGUUGCUACUUGCAUUAUACAGGAGCUCUUACCCACACGAAAGCGUGGCCUCUUCGGCACUCUUUAUUGGAUACCCUAUAUGCUUGGGCGGCUGUCGGUGGCCAUUUUUGCUGUGGCCACAGCCACGACUGUUGUGACUGGCCCAACAGUGAGGCCAUUUUCGCAUAUUGCCUGCACCGUAAUCGGCUUUCUUGGGAAGGUGUUGGCCUCGUCCACGGCUGGCUUGGCGAUCCUGAUCGUGACAGAAGUGUACCCCACAACAAUACGCAACAUGGGCCUCUUCUUGGCCAUGUCACUUAGCUCUCUUGCUUCCUGUCUUGCUCCCGUCAUCAACUCCCUGGAUGCCAUCCACUAUGUCCUCCCUGGA